AGAGAGUGGCGAGCUGUCGCCCCGAUUGCACGCCCCUCCGCGCCCGACGAUACACCGCCCGCUCGGCAACCGGUCUAGCCACUUCGAGUGAUUAUUCCUUGUGCGACCAUAAUAAUUGUGUAGUGUUAUACGACCAUAGACAACUUCUACCAAACUUAACGAACUCAUAAAGUUGUUGCCACAACUUUUAGUGAAGUGCAAGUUUUUUCCGAAAGUUGAUUCUUUUGUGCUUUUUUCAGUUGUAUAGUGGUGACUGAGAUUUGAUACUCGUAUCAAGGUGACGUAUUUAGUCCAGUCAUUUUCUUUUCUCGAUAGAGAAGAUUAUUCUCUUUAUUUCGGAAAGUUUAAACUUUUCUUAGUUACUUUGCGAAAGGAGAUUGCUGCAAGUUGACAACGCAUGACAACAAUUAAACAGGGUCGAGCAUCGUUUGAAGCCUAAACAUGUCAUAAGGUACCAGUUGGACAUGAGAGGAUGAAUCAUGGAAUCACGCAGCGCGCCGCCAAGCCCCGACGAGCCGGGGGAGGCGGUGUUCGACUCUCGGUGUGGGCACUACUCCGUGUCCGCUCUGCAGAGAACAUUCGCGAGCUGUCGCGAAACCAAUCGACCGCGACCACACCAUCGCCAUGCAGCCUCAGAACCUGCACGACCCGACGACCGGGUAUUAACAACGGCAGAGGUCCACGACUAUCCAUCGUCAGAGUCUGGAAUUGCCGCCGAUUGCCCACAUCCAAACACCAGCAACGCUGAUGAUAGCCCCUCAUACGAUCGCUCCGAUUAUGAAGGGCACUCAAGUUACAGCCUCCGGCAAACACCCGAUUACCACCACACAUUAGACUGUAAGCAUAGACCUAUAGAUUAUAAUAGGAGCCAUACACCGGAUUUCAAUCAUAGUCGAGUAUCAGAUUGCGAUCAUAUCAAUCCUCGUUCUCAAACUUCUAGAAGAGUUCAUAGAAAACAUAGGCGAGAAGAAGAUGACGGUGCACAGUCUCUUGAUGAGCGGUGUGCUCGAGACCUCGAUGAAAUUUUACCUGCACGAUUAGCAGCUGUAAACUUAUCUAGGGAACAACCACCUCAAACGUGGAAUAGAAGUAACAUCGCUGCAACCAUGGAACGUUUUGAACCGGUGGAUUAUUCAUAUGCAUAUUAUGACCAUCAUUUAUCGAUGCCUUCAUCCUCACGAAAAGCACAUCGCCAACGAGGAAGAGGUGGAAUACCAAAAGAUCGAUCUGCUCGUCAUAAUUAUGUUACGAGAUACGGUACAGAAGAAAAUAUUUAUGAGGAGAUUACUGAUGGUACUAGGACUUGUCCAAAACACCGAUAUGUUCCACGGCAAUCUCUUGUUUCCCUUGACAGAACUGUCGUCGAAGAGGAAGUACGUCGCGUAGAAUCUAGGCAUAAACGAAUAUUAGGAGAGUUAAAUCUUAGUGUAGAAGCAAUGUUGAUGCCAGAAUGUGAAUCACCUGAUUCAGAGCGAGCUGAAGAUAGAGACAAUAUAGAAGAGUUAUUACGAGUAGGCCCUACUGAUGAAUUAUUAUCACCAGCUAGCUGUAAUCCUCCGGAUUUGGACAGUGGUUUCAGUGGAAGUAGUAGCGGAGCAAGUUAUGUAGGCAGUCUUCGAAGAAAACCUACGGGAUCCGUGCCCCAUUUACCAGCUGUUGCAUAUGGUACCAGAGGAGCGGGUGUACGUAUACUCGGUGCUGAAGAAUGUGGCAUACGCUGUCCAAAAGAUGCCACCUCACCAAGAAGCUCUAGUUGUGGAGAUGCCAAGAAUAGCGGAUUUUGGAAUAAAAGAGCUUGGAAAAAAAUAUCUGGCUUCUCCAGCUCGAACAGCAUCAAUAAAGCUGGUCUUACUGGUCUGCUCGUUAGGUACACUUUCCGGCGUAAGUCCGGCUCGCAGGGCUCUCAGGGCAAGCGGCGGGCAGAGCCUGUCAAAUGCGAUGCGUGCCUCUCACAACGAUGUUAGCCUCACUAUGCUACUCCAACGGAAAACUGGUGGUGCCGGUGGAUUCCCUAACACAGAGCUGAGGGGUCGAGCCCCCUCUCCAUCCCCGUUUCCAACUCCUCCGAGGGACUCCUAAACACAAAAGGACAAAGAUAAAUAGAAACACUUUUGAUCGUGCGAAUUAAAACUACACGACGCCAUUUUUAAACAUUCCAUGAUUCUAAAGAGACAUUUUAUCAACACCUCAAUGCGUCUCAAAGACGAGGGUGAUACCAUUGUAGAUAGAAAAGGACAGGAAUAUUAACGAUACGAAACGAGGAGGUAUACGGCGAAGUGAUAGUAAAGCCUAUUAAUUAAUUAUUUGUAUUGUUAUGACAAUCGUUUCAUAGAAACGUAAUAACUGCGUUGUUGUUACUUAUCAAUUUUUAGUAGAUCAUAGGUACAUGAAAAGGCUGACAGUUGAAUCAGAUUUUGUACGUGUUUAAGUAAAUAUGCCAUUUUUAGCUAUUUAAUGUCCGUUUUCAAUCUAAUAUUUUGAUGUUUCAAUAUUUAAUUACUUAGUAUGCAACGUGUAAAAUAUAAGUAUAGAGACACUUAAUUUUUUUUUUCACAUAAUGUAACGUGUUUGUCGUAUUUCUCUUUUGAUGAAAAUAGCUAUCGAUCUAUAAAAACAUCCAAUGCUGGAAGUAAUGUUGUACGAAUAAAAUUAUACACAAUAUUUCUUAGAAAUCCAAAGUUAAUUCUGAAAAUUAUCUCCCCAAAUUAAAUACACACGAUAUCUAUAUAAAUGGUCCAACCUCAUUAUUUUAAUAUUAUGUAAUUAGUAAUCAUGUAAAAAUUGUUUUAUAAAUUGCAAAGAAGAUGUUAUUUGAGAUAGCGUGAUUGUUAAUAUUUUAUAGCGGAUAAGUGUAUAUUAUGUAAAUAUUUAUCAAUGAAAAAACAUGGUGCACUCUUUGUGUUAUUAUUUAUGUACAUAGAUGAUUGUAUAGUCACAUUCAAUUGCUUUAGAUAGUAAUUACCAACGUACUGAACUUUAAUAUUUGUAAUCGAAAAAUGAAGCAAAAUUAUAAUGAAUCUAUGCUAAAGAUUCAUAAACAUGUAUAUUCUUUAAGAAGAAAUAUAAAUAGAAAGUUACGCUAAAAGCUUCUCAAAGUUAACACACGUUUUCAACAUUCUUCAAGAUUUUAUACUUUGGGAUAUAUUUUAAAAUAUUAGAUAUUUCGGUUUCCAUGUUUUCUAACCAGACCAAUGGCUACUAAGCCACAUUUACUUUACGAAGAAAAUAUUCACAAAUAUCGUACGAUCUCUUUCUAUCAUUUUGAUAAAAGUAUAACCAGUGGUUUAUAUAUUUAAAAACAUAUUACAUUUUUAAUAAGGUUUAAAGCACCGUGAAGUAGCUCUCUAAAUUUAGUAACGUGGCUUUUUAAAAAUUCUAAUAUUUAUGUUAACCGAUAAUAUUUAUUGAAUAUACAUGUUGAUGGUAAAAAAAAUGUCCAAAAAUUACAUUUAAGGCAAUUUUAAUUUAUCAGCUAAACCUUCGAACUAAAUAUUAUGUAAAUAUACUAUAAAUUUAUUCAGAAUCAAUUUCAAUGUUUGUUUUAUAUAAAUUAUAGUUUGAUGCUAUUCUGACUGAUUUUAAAAGAUGAUUAAACUCAAUGUCACAUCAAAAAUUUCUUUAACUGUCUGUAAUUUAGUGAUCGUGUUCAAGUCAAAAGAGAUUUUUAUUAAUAAAUCUUAAAAAACGUA